UGAAAAGCUUUUCAUAUAUAAUAAGAUCAUACGAUGCAUAUGGGUGAAUAGUUUUUGUGAGUCUUUGGCUAGAAACCCUAAAGAAUCAGAGGAUAUGGUGGAGGAUCAAAAGGAAACGACGAGUUUCACGUUUGAGAUAGAUAACUUCUGGGAGAAGGAAGCUGAUGUGAUACGGUCUCCUAUAUUCUCCAGCGGUGGUGGCUGCGAAUGGUAUGUUGACGUUUAUCCCAAAGGAUACGGUGCUGUUAAAGAUCACUUGUCUGUGCACUUCGGCGUUGCGACUCCUGAAUCACUCAGACUUGGAUGGAAAAGACGAGCUAAUACUUCACUCGUUCUGUUAAAUCAAUCAGGCAAAGAGCUCUACAGUUCGCCUAAAUACUGCUAUUUGUUCUGCGCUCAGCUGCUAAAGUGGGGUGAUUCAAGGGUUUCCACUCAUAAGAAGCUUAAAGAAGAAGGGCUUCUGGAGAAUAACAACAAACUGAUCGUUCAAGUCGAAAUAAAAAUAGUUGAGGAAGGGGAUAUAACUGGGAAUGAGAUGCUAGAUGUCCGUGGUUUCCAAGUUCUUUACUCUCAGGUACCCUUGUUUCUUCUGCUUUUUGGUGAUGAUUCCCCUUUUUUGAUGAUUAACAUCUUUCUCUCGUUGACUGCAGGUUACUUCAGCGACUCACCUUCUCGAGGAUCACCCGGACAUUGCAGUAAAUUUCAUACCAAAGAUCCCAUUGGUGAAGACAGCGUACAUGAGUGCCCUCCUCGCUCUUAUCGAGACACUGAACAAGCCUCCAGAAAGCUUCACCGAGACUGAGCUAAAGAAAGCUAAGAUGGAGUUGAAUGAGCUAACAAGAGCGGGGUUUAAGCUAGACUGGUUGGGUACAAAGCUUGAUGAGCUUUCUUUUGAUGACAAGGAUCAGAAAGCAAAUGCUGACGAUGGGGAUUCACUACUGGAGGACUUGUUAAAGGUUGUUGUUCACUCUUUGAAUAUGUGGAAAGUAAGAGUGGGAUUCUCUCAUCUUCUUCUUAGUGAGAAAAUCGACUAAAACACGCACAUUUUCUUUUGUUUACUUUUAUUAAUGAAGAGGAAGUUCCAGUUGUUUUCUCAAUCUGGAACUGAAGCUGUUAGUUUUAACAUGUAAUAUUCAAAAUA